AUGCCUGCAAGCGACGUUACCCCACGCCACAUCGAUUUCAGCGACCUUCCCCAAGAUCAUAGCGCAAAGGCUAUAGCCGAACGCAUAUCCGCCAGCGGCGUAUGUGCGAAUGUCUUCCCUCGCGCCACAGUGGCCGUACACGGCAAAGACCAUACCACCAACACCAUGCUUUCACCCGAUAUCGCCCUUCUAUCUGUCGACUUGGAGAUGGAUCACGACAGUCUUCACGUGCGCGACGAGCUUCUCGGUGCCACCCUCGCUUUCAGUGUGGUUGUGACUGAAGAGGAAGACCCCUGCGCCUUUGCCGAGGAUACCGUUGACACGGAGAAGGCUGCGGCCACGCGCGGUCGGAUCGCCGCCAUUGCGCGCGCCAUCUACGUCAAUUCCCAUCGCAUCUUUGGCUACGCUCUGGUCCUCAUGCCAGAGCGCGCGCGUCUCGUCCGCUUCGAUCACAGCGGGAUAGUCUUCACCGAACUCUUCUCCUGGCGCACGUCCGACGAUCUCGCCACCUUCCUUACGCGGUUCGACUGCAUGACGGCUGCCGAACGCGGCUGUGACACAUCCGUGGAAACUAUCCCGUCGAGUUCUCAGGAAGCGCAAGACGCCAUGGAUAUUCUCAGCCACUCCGAUGUUCUACCUGAAGGAGUGAUCAAGUCUGCGGUGAUCCCAGACGACCAUCAUGGCGACCUAUCCCUCGUCCACGUCUACGAUGACGACUCGAAGACUUGCCAUCGUGUCGUGGUGCACAAGCCAGUAAACUCCUCCGAGUUCUACAUCGGCCGCUCCACACUUGGUUACUAUGGAGUGGACCUGGACGAGGGGGCGGUCGUAUACGUGAAGGAUACGUGGCGUAUCAAUUCUCGCUGUGCAGCACCAGAGGCGAAGACGUAUCGGAGGCUCAACCAGCACAAAGUUUCGAAUCUGCCCGGUUUCUACCACGGGGGCGAUGUGCCACUGGAUACUCCCUCUCUCCACCACCCGACUCACAGUACCACGGCGCAGUCGACUUUUGUGAGCGACUUUGUGGACGGCCAUCCACAACACAAUCGUCAACAUUCCGCCACGGGAAAUGAUUCACGGCGACACAUCCAUCACCGCCUCCUAUUCUCUCGCAUAGGCAGGCCGCUCAACACGUUCAAGAGUACCCUCCAACUGUGCACAGCACUUCGACAUGCUAUGCAAGGCCACAGCGAGGCAUACGAAAAUGCCCAGAUCUUGCACCGCGAUAUCAGCGGCGGCAAUGUUCUGAUUGAUAAGAGUGGUCGGGGUAUUCUCAUUGACUGGGAUAUGUGCGUCUGGCGCGAGAACGUGGAGGAGAUGGAGAGGAUAGGACAGCCAAUCGGAACGUGGAGGUACAUAGCUGCUGAGCUUCAGAUCGGGCUACCACCUCGGCCACAUCUUCUACGGGACGAUCUUGAAUCUUUCGUUCACGUCCUCUUCUACCAUGUCUUCCGCUACAGGCCGCUCUUUGCUGCCGAUUCACCCGAUCAGCGCCGUCUUUUGUCCAGCAUGUCAUCCGUUUUCGAGGCAGCCUCAGCCCAACCCAAUGGAAGGGUCUACGGCGGUCAUCAUAAAGGACAAUACCUAUGCGACCGCACAUCGCACUUCGACGCUCGUAUCCUCCGCCAGCAACUCCGCCCGGAAUCGCUCUACGAGCUGCUCAAGGGCGCCCGAGAGGUUUUCACACAGCUCUACAGUGAAGCGCCUGUCAUCGGGAACGUCGGUUCAAAACGUAUCAGGACCAGACGUGAGGAGGAGUUGAAGAAAUAUGAAGACGCAUUAGCAAUCGCGACCAAGCGGGUCGAAACGUCCGCCCACAUAAUCUCCGUCUUCGACCUAUGGAUAGAGCAAGAACAUGAAUGGCCCUCUGAUGAUGGUGCUAUCGAUCAGCUGGUCCCCCGAUCCAACGUAGGGUGCUCUCGCAGUAGCCGAAAACGCUCUGCUGAUCCCGGCGUCGACGCUUGCGACUCGAAUAAAGCUCGUCGUCUCGACACUGCGCGGAGUGCAUCCGCCGGGGCUUCGGCGCGUUCUCAACGCCUGUAG